AUGAAUUUUUAUGGAUUCGAUGGAAUCGAUAUUGAUUGGGAGUUUCCUGUGUGGAGCAGCGAUUCCAAAAAGACCGAUCGAGCUCAGCUAGGCAAUCUUCUAGAAGAGCUUCAUGAAGCUUACAAACUGUCGGCUAAGCUUGUGUCGAUUGCGGUUUCGGGACCACCAACAAUCACCAAAGUCGCCUACGACGUUCAAGCGAUUUCCGCGUACACCGAUAUGAUCCAAGUGAUGAACUACGACUUCCAUGUCUUCAACAAAAAGCACAACCCGUUUACCGGAUUCAACGCGCCGCUUCACAAAAUGCCGUCGGAAUUCGGCAUUCUCGGCCAAAUGAAUUCUGAAGCUUCGAUGAGCACUUGGAUCGAUCUCGGCCUUCCAAUGAAUAAGACGUUUUUUGGGAUCCCGAUGUAUGCGAGAGGCUAUCAAUUGGCUACAAAUUAUUUACACAAACCAUAUUCACCAGCAACGAGGGCAUUGGAUCAAUACACUAAUUAUCCAAUGGUUUGCCCAUUGGAAUCGGAUAAAAAUUUUGAAAAAGUUUGGAACUCGGCAGCAUCUUCUCCAUACCUAUACGGUAUAACCAGCGUCUGGGUGUCGUAUGAGAAUUCGAAAAGCGUUUCGGCGAAGGUCAACUACGCGAAAUCGAUCUCCGUCGCCGGCAUCAUGACGUUCGCAAUCGGAACUGAUGAUGUCAAUGGGUCAUGCGGCUUCGGCGAAUUUCCACUACUAAACGCAAUUUCAAGUGCCGCCAAUUAA